GGUGGGGGUGAUGAUGGAAAAGAAUAUAGGUCAUAAUACAUACUGAGAUAUUUCCUCAAAAUAAAAAUUCAAAAGUUGCGCCUGCUUGUUUGUGUUUGUGUGUGGGUGAGUUAAGGGGGGGAAGUGUGAUGGAUAUGUUGGUGUGAUGUAAUGUUAUUGGGUUGUGUUGUGUCAUGCCGUCGUUCGAUCCAUCCACGUCCUCAGGCCUUGUUCUUUCUCUCCUUUUUGCUCUUCGUCAAUUCGCGCACGCGCUCGCUCGCUCGCUCAGUCUAUCCCAAUUCACUAGACAGAUUUAGACAAACAGAUAUAAGAUGCCCGCCUCCUCUUAUUCCACUCCGAUCCGGUCUAAACUGGUACACCGGAUUUUUGGCUCUGGUCCAUAUAUUUAUGAAAGGGGUUGAUCUGAUCCACACAUUCGCUCGGCGCUUAGGAGUACAUGGUAGGUAUUCGAGGUACCUGAUGUAUAUCGGCUUAUAAAGUUGGGUAGAUUGGCAAGCUAGGUACCCAGUACUCAUUCGGCAGAGAAGUAUCGCUUGGACUUAUUCCUGAUUUGUUGCGCUUUGAUCUCUUGUGGUACGGCGAUGUGGUGCACGAUAU